AUGAAUAAUAGAUCAAAUGAAAAUGAACGAUCGGAUAAUAAUAUUUAUCAUUGGUAUGCGGAUGUGAUAGUAUUUCGAGGUUUUGGUCCAAUAAUUGCUUGUUUGGGUAUUAUUGGUGGAACACUUUCAUGUCUUGUUUUUCGUCGAAAAGCUUUAAGAAAAAAAUCUUGUUCAAUUUAUUUUUUAUUUUUGGCUUUAGCUGAUCUUUUAGUUAUGAUUUGUUGGCUUAUUCAUUUUGUUUUACCAACAUAUAAUAUUCAAAUACUUAUUUUAUCAAAUUUUUUUUGUAAAGCAUUUGUAUUUGCAAUGUAUUUGGGAUUUGAUUUAGCAAAUUAUAUUUUAACUGCUUGUUCUAUUGAUCGUGCAGUAAGUAUAUUAUUUCCAAUUGGAAGUAGACAAUUUUGUCGUCGUCAAGUAGCAUAUACAAUAACAUUUGUAUUAUUUAUAAUUCAUACAUUAUUAAAUAGUCAUAUAUUUUAUGGUUUUAUUGUAAAAUCAGCGAAUUCAACAUUAAAUACAAGUAUUCAACAUUGUCAUUAUCGUUCUGAUUCUGAUGCAUAUCAAAAAUUCUUUCUUGCAUAUGAUUCUUAUAUUGAAGUUAUUAAAACAAAUGUUAUUCCAUUUAUAAUAAUGAGUAUUUGUAAUUUAAUAAUUAUUAUUCGUGUAUGUCGAUCAAGUUCAUCUGUUAAUUUAAGUAAUGGAAAAACUAAUAGUAAAACAACAAAAUCAAAAAGAAAAUAUGAAAAAGAUCGACAAUUAACAUUUAUGUUACUUGGAUCAGCUAUUGCUUUUCUUGUUUUAACACUUCCAACUGAAAUUAAUGAUAUUAUUAGAUCAUAUUCAUCAGAAAAUCAUGUUAAUGAAAAAAAAUAUUUAUUAUCAGCUAUUCUUGUUUCACUUGCACAACUUAAUUAUGCUAUUCAUUUUUACAUCUAUACAUUAACAGGUGAAGUAUUUCGUCAACAAUUAGUUAAAUUAUGGCCAAUAAAUAUAAUUUGGCCAUAUAUUCUUCGAUUAAUUCAAUGUAAAAAUGUUGAUUCUUCUUCAUUAGCAACUGACUUAACUAAUGUUAAUCGGAAAAGACAUUAUGAAAUAACACAAGCAGAUCAUACAUUGAAUCCAUCACAAUUAAAUAUUGAUAUUGAAAAUGAAGAUGAAACUAGUCAUAUUCUUUAA